UGUGAGGACAGUCAACGCCUCAUUUCAGACACUUCUACAGCAACGAAGGGGAAUAUUUCUUCUCUCCCGUUUUUUUUUUUUUUUCUCGAGGAAACUCCGGGAAAAUAACCUUAACAUGGACUAAUGGAACUAAGAGGAGCUUAGUUGACCGCUGCAGCCACAGUUCGUCGUGGAAAAGAACGCAACAUCUUCAUCCUGCCGCAAGGCUUAAGGGACGGCAAAAAUGCAGUCUUGUGCAUUUAUGAAUGGGCAACACCAGCAGGCUGGACCACUGACACAACCCUCACAAGCAGCGCCUAAUCUUACUCACAAUGUGAUGAGAAAUCAACUAAGCGGGACUGCAAAUAACGCAUACUUGGGAGUACAGCCACCACAGAAUGCUUGUUCCGCCUUGCAGAAUGUAAUUUACUCUAAGGGACAGACGUCAUAUUGGCAGCCCUCUACCAGACUUCAUCAGGCAGUUUCUUCUGAGCAGAAAAGUAAAAAGAAAGUUAAUUGUCCUUUAAUUGAGAAGUUACUGACCAACCCAUCAACUAACGGACUAAGUGAAAACCACUGUUGGCCAACUUCACAUGGAUUACAGGCUGCCACUCAGCAAAAUUUUCAUCAGAGUUCAGCAACCCAGAGUCAACUCAACAAGAUGACGGCCAACACUACAUACAACCACACAAACACAUCAUCUCAUUGGAAACAGAAAGCUUUAGUUAAUGAAGGGCAUUCAUUGAGGAUUCAGGAUGGCCAAGUGGUGUCUCAUCUCCAACAUAGCAACGUUCGGAAUGGCUACUACCAAAAUGCAAGUGGAGACUUGACAAAUCCUGGUUCAGUGUACUCUACAACACCUACCUCAGUUGCACAUGAACACAUAUCAGUGUCUGCUACUGCACACAACAGACAGACUGCUCAGGCUGCUCAUAACCAGAUUCACAGAAAAAACAACCCUCAGCUUGGAUUCUCUCCUUCAACACCCCAAGCAGGUCAUAUUAUGUCUCCUUGUCAGCCUCGUGGGAACAACAGCAUUCCAACUCAUUCCUCAUCAAGGACACAAAUGUUGUAUGCGGCUCAAGGCAGCUCAGCUUGUAACAAUGGGGGAAAUUCCACCAUCUCCAGUUACGCAAAUUCAUUUAACCAGUAUGGAACCAAACAUUAUUUGACAAAAACAAAUGAGCCUCCCUUAAAUCCUGUUGUACAUCCGCAAAAGUUAAGGCAAAAUGUGAGUGCAGAUGGUUCACAUCUGUCAUACACAACUGGCCACAAUCGCCCUCCAUCACACAGAAAGACACCUUACAAAUGGCAUAUGUUUGUACCCAAUGCCAACACGACAAAGAUGCAACCUGUGCCUUCAGCUGUCUCUGAAAGUUGUAACUUGAAUAACACCCAGUCCUUAUCAGUCCACUCUGGACAGUCUUUGCCUGAAAGCUCUCAGAGUUUUAUGUCAAGAUCAGGGCAACUUCUAAAUGAGCCACCUCAGCAAAACUCUGUGCCAAAUGUCUUUUCUGUCGCCGCAGCAGGAGAUGGACGUCUUUACAGCAAAGCAGACAUUGCAUAUCUUCGUAACAAUAACACAGCCUCCAAAGGGAAUCCAAUUGGGUCAUUGAGUGGUGCAUCUCAGCUGACGCAACUGCCCAAAGACAUUUCACCACAAGGAAACAAGACCCAAUCAUCUGUCGUAAACAAUCCGGAGCUACAUGAAAUGAUGUCACAAAAUGACGGCUCCAUUCACUCUUUGCCUGGUCUCUGCAGCACAAGAGCCGUUGCUGUUGUUCAACUAUUGUCGGAAAGCUGUCAGCACGCCAUUUCCCUCUUUAACGCCACAACAAAUGAAUCCUCAUGGAACCCUGAUAAAGUGCUUGUUUCAGCAGAUGUGGCAAAAAGCAGAAACUGUGAGAAUUUGACGAAGGAAUCUAAUCUUUACCCAGACCACCCAAAUCAAUUGCAAUCCAACAAAUCUGACACCAGUUGUGCAGCAUCAUCUAAUGAUGGUGCUCUUUUGUCAAAGUCAGAUUCAGGGCCUCAAAACUUGACACAAGGAUCUGCACUGGAUAUUAGCAUUGCAAAAACUACUAAAAAUUCUGUACUUCAGAAAGUAUCAGUAAGCCAAAACUGCUCUGAAGACCAAGGUGAGAUUGUAAAAUCUCCAACUGCACCUGUUUUAGAGCUUUCUUCACUCCCAACAACCCAGUGGACAGGUCAUGCACUAACUGCAUUAAUAGAGAAGAUUGAAAAAGCUCAGACUAAGACAGAGGAUUUUACAGAUGAUGAAUUUGUACGCAAAAUAUUACAUUUGUUUUGGGAAGGCAGCUGCAAAAAAGUGAUAUCAGAGCUCAGGAAGGGGUGUCACAAGCUUUUAAUAAGAGAUGUUUGGGAGUUCUUCAACACACAAAUGAAAUCAGACGCUGUUAUACUGUCGGAAGUAAAAUGCAAAUUUCGAGAGCAACUCAAAAAUUACCAUUUACUCAACCAUGAUGAAGUCUAUUCAGAACUGCCUUACAAAUCCUCGUGGUUGAAUCUCAAUGAGCAGCUCGAUGACAUAGACAAGGAGUUUGGCUUCCCGGUGACUUUGGUGUAUCCUCCCCAGCUUGAGAGUGACAACCAGACGGAUCAGGCGGAACCAGUCAACAGUAUUCCUGAGCCAGUUGUGAGUGAACUGCCGGACAAAGUACUAUUACCAACAGAGCCAGUCAACAGUAUUGCUGAGCCAGUUGUGAGUGAGGUGCCGGACAAAGUACUAUUACCAACAGAGCCAGUCAACAGUAUUCCUGAACCAGUUGUGAGUGAGCUGCCGGACAAAGUACCGUUACCAACAGAGCCAGUCAACAGUAUUCCUGAGCCAGUUGUGAGUGAACUGCCGGACAAAGUACUAUUACCAACAGAGCCAGUCAACAGUAUUCCUGAACCAGUUGUGAGUGAGCUGCCGAACAAAGUACCGUUACCAACAGAGCCAGUCAACAGUAUUCCUGAGCCAUUUGCGAGUGAGGUACCAGACAAAGUACUAUUACCAUCAGAGCUCGAACCUGUUGACUCAGGCAAAGAGAAACCUGCCCCCACUGUCAAAGCCCCCUCAACUCAAACUCCCUCCUUUAAUGAAGCAGAAAGUUGUGACCCAUGGUACUCAUUUAGCAUCCAAGUUAUGCCUCCGGAAGAGGCUAAACAUUUAUUUGAACAAGAGCAAACUGAGAUAUCACAGAGCAAGGACACAGAUUGUCAAGCAGAGAAGGUCAUGAGUAGUUGUGUGGAGGCUGAGACUUCUAAGGAUACAGAUUCCACAUUGUCAAUACUGAAGAAAGAUGCUUGUUAUCCAAUUGAUCAAGUUUGCUGUAUUGCAAGGCUGGUAGAAAUAGUUACAGGGGAAAACACACCUUCUUCAAAAUGCCAGUGCAGAAAACAAAGCAAUGAUGACAAACGUACCGACAAGACACCAGACAAGGACAAAGAGGAAGUGCCUAGAGACAAUAGCCUGUUUGAGAAUAGUUAUUACAGAAUAUUUGACUUGAUCACGGAAGAAGAAAAUCCAAAGAAGGACACAGAGGACACUCAUGACCAAAUCACAAUUUGUAGCUCUGAGCUUUGUGAUGAUGUCAUUGAAAUUAUUGACUUAACUGAUGAUAAAGACAGACAUGACUCAACUCGUGAUCCGGGAAAUAUUUUUGAGAUAAGCAAUAGCCGCCAGUCAAGCUUUCUAUCCAUAACAGGCAACGAAUAUGAAGAUCUCCCCAGCAGUGAAAAUAAAAUUCCCAUCCAGAUGCCAGAACUCACCACUGAGCUGUCAGAACCCAAGGAAUAUGAAGAUCUCCCCAACAGUGAAAAUGAAAUUCCCAUGGAGAUGCCAAAACUUGUCGUUGAGCUGUCAGAACCCAAGGAAUAUGAAGAUCUCCCCAACAGUGAAAAUGAAAUUCCCAUGGAGAUGCCAAAACUUGCCAUUGAGCUGUCAGAACCCAAGGAAUAUGAAGAUCUCCCCAACAGUGAAAAUGAAAUUCCCAUCCAGAUGCCAAAACUUACCAUUGAGCUGUCAGAACCCGAGGACAAAUGUGAACAAGAACAGCUGAAAUCCAUAGAAACGAUGCAGUCGAGUGUGUCAAUGUGUGAUGACAGACAAACCAAAAGUACUGAGAGUGGCGAUGGUAAACAGAUAUCAGACCAUGAAAAGGGUUGUGCACAACCUCAGCUAAAAUCUGCAGAUGUGGCAGAAUCAUUCCUGGAAACCAAAGGACAAACUCAAACCAGUGCAACAGCUGACCUCCAAACGUCUACAAGCCACCACCCUGAACAUGAAACUGCUGACAGAAAGCGAAAGAGACUAAGCAGCCAUGAUACAUUUUCUCCUUUCCAAAAGAAAUCAAAGAAAUGUAAACUCUCUGUGGACCUGGACUCAGAGCAUGCCUGUGAUGGUGUUUCAAAAUGUCAGAAGAAUUUGGUCGAUGCGACAGAAGCUCAGCCUUUAACCUCAAAUGCUAAAACUGCAGAACUGGUACUGUUUGGUUCAGCACGGCAGGAUAAAUCUGCUAUGACUGGUGCCAGAAAGAGCCAUGUUUUACUUUCAAAGGGAGUGUCUUGUGAGAAACAGAGGCCACCAGAACUUCUGUCUGUGAAUCUCAGCCCACUGAAGAGGAAGUCCAGCUUUGCUUUGCAUGCAGGGGAACAGUCAUUGAAACAGUGGAUUUAUGAAAAAUGGAGAAGAAGUUUACCGCCAACUAAAAUUCGGCACAGAAACAAACUGAAAAGACAGAAAUGUUCGUCCGCCUCUGUUCCUAGCAUAAUCCUCAGGAGAAAGAACUCUGAAAUGAGAGUUUGGAAGGCCAAGAAACCAAAACAGUACGAUGGUCAUGGAGGAAGUAACACUAAAAAUGAAAGCAACAAGAUCAGGCCUCUCCAUGAAAACAGCAUUUUGAAGUUCUGUGUAUUACCCAACACCUUCGACUUCAAACAUGGAUCCGAGAAGAGGAAGGAAUCCACGGAUCCUGCUUCAGACAAGCCAGAUCAUGCUAAAGAAGAGAACCAGCACUCCAAUAGAAUCAUCUUAAAGAUCAAAGGUACAUGGUAUCCAAAUCCUGAGAAAAAGUACAAACCAAUAUGUCCAUCUCCUGUUCCAAAGACCUCCAGCCUCUUUCAUGAGUUUAAAAAGAAAUACAUAAAGAAGACAUCAUCAACGGAUGAAUAGCAUGACUGACUUUGCUGUCUUUUCUCAGGAAAGUUCAUCUGAGACAUUAAUUUCCACGAUUGUUGCUUUACAUAAAAUGUCUAAUAGUAUCUGUAGUAGUUUACAUGCCUGUGAAGAUUGUACAGAAACUUUUUCAAUGCAAAAUGUAUAUAUUUUAGCAAUGUAUUUAUAUUUUUAUACUUUGAUACAUUAUCAAUAUUUUUUUAAUCUUUUCAUUUAAACGAAUGUUUUUGGAAUUUUAUGCACUUUGUCACUGUCAAUACACAGCCUUUUAAUACAGAUAUCAAACACUGCUUUUGAGCUACUAGAAGCCAUCAUUUUGUGACAGAAUUUUUUUGUUUGUUUUUUGUUGAGAUUUUGGCCCAAAAAAAAAAUAGCCAUGCAGUAUUGUUUAGACAAUGCAUUGGUAAAGGUUACCAUCGCCUCAUGCAUUGAGCUGCAUUUAUGUCUCACUCAGGGAAUAAAGGAGUUAAAGGGACUCAGCUGAAGACAAUAUUAAGCUUUCCCCUCCGCCCCUUAAAGCCUUUUAACAUUGAGUUACAACACCUUGAUGCAUUUGAAGAUUACCGCCAAACCUAGGAGGGCUGUGAAGAAAACAUUAUUGUUUACUUUUCAAAUGUCUGUAUUACUGAUGUGUAAAUAAAUUCACCAGUUUUUAGUUUGUGUACAGUUGUGAGGUGUUGUUAAUACUAAAGCACAGAUGCAGAAACAAGUAUGUGACACUAUUUUUGGUUUGUUACUGUUGCUGCUGUUGCUGAUCUUUUCAGCUUUGUUUGUACCUUUUUUAAAGUGUAAAGUUAGCACUGAGGAGUUGCACAUUCCUUCUUAGAACACAAUGUUCGAGGUUAUGACGAAGACAUUAAAACAUUGUUUAACUGUUAAAUAUAACAUUGUAGUGACCAAAAACACUGGGAAUGUACAUUGAUGACUCAGUCUUUGUUGCUGUAAUUUGCCUUUUCAGUUUGUCAUGUACCAAAACUGACACAUUUUACAUACAUUAUUACAUAAUGUCAAAUCUGUUUUGCACUGACACACAAGUGGAAUCUUAAUCUGGUUUAAACUAUUGUGCUAAUCCUGAGAUGAGAUAUGGCAGCUAUACAGUUUUGAAUUUGGACCCAGAAGUUGUUUUUUAAGUUGCUGUGACAUGUAUUCCAGACAGCACAGGAAUAAACUCCAUACUGCUGCUGUAGUGUAAUAUUUUUUAGGUACGAAGUGCUAAAAGUAAAAGAUUAUUUAUGUCAAAAGAAUAGACUUAAAACGUGUGUGAAAUACAUAGUGAUGAAUAUUCUAGUGAUCAUUUCUGUGUUGAUAGUAUUGUGUGUGUGUGUGUGUGUCUGUGAAGGAAGGAAAAAAGGGUCUUGAAGGUGUGUGUGUGUCCUCCAGACACACACAGCUGGAAGAUUAUAAAGUAUAACAUGUAUUUUUUGUGUGUAGACAAGUCAUGUGCUAUUUAGAAAAAUUAAAUAUGGUACUUAAAACAUAAUGGUGUAAACUUAAGGCAAUACAACUUGUAAAAAGUGUAUUGGAAACAUCAACACACAAUGGUGGAAAAGAUGAAGACUGUAAUAAAAAAAGAUAGUAGGGGUGAGUACAGGGCAAGUCUGAACAUGUCUGGGCAUGUUCUCGAUAAAGUAUGACCUAAUGAUGAAAUAUGAUGACAAUACAAUACAAUACAAUAACUUUAUUACAAGGUCUGAACAACAGAUUUAGAAAAAUACAAUGGCGUCAAAGCGAUCUGUUAAAUAAUACGUUCUAUAGGCGUGGAAAAAAUGACCAACUCUGACAGCAUAAAAGACGAUGUACAGCUCAGUUAUUUCAGUAUUUCUUGCAGCGCCAGCCACUGCUAAAAACUGCUCUGAGGUUUUUUGUUGACAAUAAACUCUGCUGUCUCUGAA